GCCGCCCGGCCCGGGUUUGCAGGAGGCGCAGGAAGGGGCUGGAUGCAGCAGCCGGGGGCGGAGGCAGGAAAAUCCUGCAGCAGCUCCGGGCGGGGCAAUACGAGACGCUGCCCCCCCCCCGGGGUCCGUGCUGGGGGGGAGCCCGGCAUUAACCCCUCCCUGCCCGGCCGGGGGGGCUUUCCCCAGCUGGGACCAGCUCCGGGCCGGAGCCCGCAGCAUCAGAGAUGCCCAUGGCUGGAGAUGGGACACGGGAUGGCGUGGGUCAGUGAGCACUCUCCCUCUCAGAGCAGGGUUUCCAAACCUGAUGUGAUCUCCCAGCUACAAUGAGGGGAGGAGCUGUGGGUCCAAGACCCAGAAGAAAGACUGUUUGUGAAAUUUGCCUGCAUAGAUGUUGGGAUGGUGAUUAAGAAUGAGAAAUAGAGUCCUUAGCAGAAGGCUGCUGUGCAAGUGGAAAGGUGUAACAUUAUUGCAGGGAUCCAAAGGGAAUGUGUCCAUGAGUCAUGAGUAGGAAAACGCCAGUGAGUGUCCGCACAAGCCAAAGAUGCAGCAGGAAAACCAACCAGGCGAGAGAGGGGGUAAAUCCAGCAGUUGUUGGGAAACUCAAAAAGACCUCAAUGAAAGCCCAGCCCAGCCGAGAAACCUCAUGGGAGAGAGAAAAAACACAUGUACUGAGUGUGGGAAAAACUUCAGUAACCGCUCAGGCCUUAUUAACCAUGAGAGAAUUCACACAGGGGAGAGACUUUAUGAAUGUGAUGAGUGCAGGAAAAGCUUCACUCGGAGCUCACACCUGAUAAGACAUCAGAGAAUGCAUACGGGGGAGCGACCGCAUGAAUGCAGUGAGUGCAGGAAAACCUUCAGUAACCGCUCAGACCUUAUUAGACACCAGAGAAUCCACACAGGAGAGCGACCGUAUGAAUGCGGUGAGUGCAGGAAAACCUUCAGUAACCGCUCAGACCUUAUAAGGCAUCAGAUAAUCCACACUGGGGAAAGACCUUAUGAAUGCAGUGAGUGCGGGAAAAACUUCAGUUACCGCUCAGAUCUUAUUAGACAUCAGAAAAUCCACACAGGAGAGAGACCCUAUGAAUGCUGUGAGUGCGAAAAAAACUUUGGUGACAGAUCAGCCCUUAUUAAUCAUCAGAAAAUCCACAUGGGAGAAAGACCCUAUGAAUGCAGUGAGUGUGGGAAAAGCUUCAGUUACCGCUCAGAUCUUAUUACACACCAGAGAAUGCACACGGGAGAGAGACCCUAUGAAUGCUGUGAGUGCGGGAAAACCUUCAGGCAGAGCUCACACCGCAUUCGACAUCAGAGAAUCCACACGGGAGAGAGACCCUAUAAAUGCCGUGAGUGCGGCAAAACUUUUGCUGACAGUUCAGCCCUUACUAAUCAUCAGAGAAUUCACACAGGAGAGAGACCUUAUGAAUGCUUUGAGUGUGGGAAAAACUUCAUUGAUGGCUCAGCCUUUACGAAACAUCAGCGAAUGCACACUAAUGAGAGACCCUAUGAAUGCUGCGAGUGCGGGAAAAACUUCAGUGUGAGCUCAGCCCUUAUUAGACAUCAGAGGAUCCACACAGAAGAGAGACCCUAUAGAUGCUCUGAAUGCAGGAAAGGUUUCCAUCAGCGCUCAGCCCUUAUUUAUCAUCAGAGAAUCUGCAAGGGGGAUAAACACCAUAAAAAUCUUGUCUAGGGCUGGCAAUUUUUUUUUUCUUUAAUCAUUUUCCUAAUUCCCACAUAGUGACUUUUAAGGCUGUUGGCACCAUUUGAUUCACUGUGGUCCCUCAGCUUUCCCCAGUGAGUUGUGUGCCUACUAUCAGGAAUCCCCACCAACCCCAGCUGGGAGAGAGAUGGGUGACCUUCACUAGCUACAUCAAGUUAAAAUGUACCUGGGCCUCAUCUUCACUAGGAUUUUCCAUGGCGUUACCUUGCUUGAGUUAGCUGUCCUGAUGAAAAACCACAACUAUUCUUGCAGUAAAGAUACAGCCCCAUAUAUAGUGUCCAGGAUUAUGUAGCACAUUUUCUCAUGACCUGACCUAAACGUCAUCAUUUUUCCUAGUCUAACAGACCUGGAGCACGGAUUUCUACUCUUCUUCCCACUGCAAAGCAGUUAUUAGAGUCACCAAAUUCCCCUUUUGGGGAAAAUUUUUUUGCUUCCCAGUUGUUCUCACAUUGCCCUGUUGCUUGCUGAACAGCAGUUAUUUUUAGUACCAUUUUUCUCACUGAAAAUAGAUGUAAAUAUAACACAGGGCAGGGGCAUGGAAAAUGUCAUUUCAGGCUCUGUGACACCAGAAGGAAAUGGGGUGAGUCAAAGGAAUUCCCUCCUUCCCCAUCAUCCCAGCAGUGUUACCUUCUGUCUGAUCCUUAUGGAGUUUAUCUUCUUCACGUUCUGCAGAGUGUCAGGUGAUGCAAUCUUCUCCACUCUCUGUGCUUGGGAAUGGUGCUUUGAUUUCUUUGAUCCUGAAUCAGACUCGCUGGAGCCGGAGAAAGUGUCACAGACUUUAAAGGAGACUUUGAAUUGAUCUGAAACUCAGUGUGAUCAUUCUGAGUUUAAAUCCCACUUUUCAUUUAUUAGCAAAGCCACUUUUAGCUCUUUUUUCCCCAUUACAAUGAUGCUAAAACUUUCGUAAAUAACGUGACUUAAUCAUGAGAAUGCUGAGUGAAGCAGGUUUGAACGGAUCAGAGGAGAAUGAGAUGAGAGAAUCUGUGGUCCUGAUUCUGAGUCAUCAGAUGUAACCUGCUCUGGAAUUUCACUUAAUAUAAAACUGAAAGUGUUGUACUCCU